CCAGCUGCCAGUUGCCAUGACAACAGUACACAGAAGAGGCUCGAAGCGUUCGUUGCUUGUUCUUUAUUCAUGAUUUUAUCGUUAUUUUGUCUCGUUGCUAAAUUUAAUUAAUUUCUUGGAUAUCAUCAUAGUGCAAACUCAGGUGAGCUGGAGGCACCCUGGCCUGGUUGCCAACCAAUAGUCAGUUCAACAUAUCACUGGCUACAUGCAUCAAACCACAUUAGACACGGUGCCACAUUCCAUUGAAUGUCCAGCAACUUCCUCAGAUAGUCUUGUAUCAAAACCGAAUGGCGGCGUCAAAUCCAGCAAAUCAGAUGUUAGGAGGAGAAGCAUGAAGAGGGAAACACCUCAGAGUCAAUUAAACUCACGAGAUGGGAAAAGCAUUCUUCAACAAAGUUUAGUUGAAAAAGAUCAUCGACAAAUGGAGAUGCGUUACUUCCUGUCUCUCCCAAUUCACAAGAAGACAAAUCAUGCUACUCAAAUGAUGGCAGAGCAGAGAAAAGCACUUUUCAAGCAGCUGAAAGAGGAGGAAGAAGAAGAGAAGGAAAAAGACAAAGUAAAAAUGCUGAAGCAAGCCAAGAGUAAGCCAACACUCCAAACACAAACAACCGCAAGACGUGGGCUGAAGAUUGCUUUGUUGAAACAAAAAAACAUCGUGAGGGAAUCUAAAUAUGACAUGAUCUCCAUGGAGCGUCAGAAGGCAGUGUUGGAGGUAUCACUCAUGACAAAGAAGUCGGAGAUUUGUAAGAUGGACAAGGCCAUCGCAAAAAAGGAGAGAGAGCUGAAGGAGUUGGAGAAGACCAUUGAGAAGGACAAUCAGAGCUUUGCAGUGUUAAUGAGGGACAAUGAGAAGAAGUCUUUGGAGGCCCAAAAAAUUUUUGAACAAGAGGUGAAGUCCAAACAGGAGAAAACUGCUGAGAUCCAAAAGUUGACUUCAGAAAUAUCAAUGCUAAGAAGUGAAGUUGCAAAUUAUGAAGAAAUCCUCAAAGAGUACAAACGAUACAAGGACCUUCUCUUCAAGUUGUCUCCUCUGGAGUGGCAGGAAGCCCAGAGGGAAAAGCUUCUCAAUAAAGUUAAAAAAAACACAGAUGAUGAACAGAACAAGGACCUCGACGACGCAGAUUGCAAGCCAGAACUGAGCAACCUUGAAGGUGCCCGGCCCAGACAGUCCUCUGCAGAGCGCGCCAGGGCCACAAAAGUGUCUGAACCAGAUAUUUCAGAGUAUGAGGAUGACCCAGAGUUGUACUUCACUGAUCCGAAGCAACUUAUUGAGCUGAUGACAGAGCUAACUGAGCAGAACUUAUCCUUGAUCAAGAACUCUACAAGAGCCGAGGAAACACUGGAGGAGCUCAAACACUCCAUGGAGGAAAUCAGGAAGCGGACUGAAAAGGAGGAGGAACUUCUGACCCAGCAAAUAGAUGACAUGAACAAGCGAAUUGAGGAAGAGAAAACAAAAGCUGCAAAGCUGAAAAUGAAGGUGAAGCUCCACGUCUUGCUGAACACACAAGAUGAGGAUGAUAUGAUGAGGGCGCUCGGCGAGAAAGUAUCAGAGGUGUAUAGGUGCUGUGUGGAUGACAGGUUGAACAGCCGUAGCACCCUGGAGAAGCUGGCCAGCAUUGAGAAGCAGAUGUCUUCACUGCUGCACUCCAUCGAGGACAUCCCCAAGGAAAGUUUGGAAACCAUGCAAAAGAUCAAGGACAGCGAGAGGAGGACCAGGCAACGUGAAGAAAAGAUGAGAUUGCAAAGAGAGAAACAGAUCGAAAGAAUGAAGAGGUACUUGGAGAGAUCCCUAUCUGAUGCCAAGAAAACGAGUGGACGCAAACUAAUGCCCAGAUGCUUACCCACUGCUCGGAAGGUCAAAGUCAAAAAAGUGGAAAGUGCUCCUACUGAUGAUGGCUUUAGUGACUACUUCUUUGCAACUUUAGAUAUUGACUGAAGACACGAAAUGAAAGUUUGCGAUGCCUGAUUUGACUGGCAAUAUACAUGAUUAAAAAUACAUGCAGUUUGAUCUUGCUGCAGAGUAUUCAAGGCA